AUGAGCUCCAAGAAGGGCGAGGACGCGUCCAAGGCCAUGAAGCGGCGCGCGACGUCCGGCGGCGACGACCUCGUGCCUCGGAACUCCAAGGGCGGCGUGCUCGUCACGGAGGAGGAGCUCAAGGCCGCCUUCGACUUCUUCGACGUCGACUCGUCGGGGAAGAUCACCCUCGGCAACCUCCGGAAACGGCUCGGCGUCUUCUACAAGAACAUGCCCGCGAAGGAGUACCGCUUCCUCAUGAACAACAAGAGCGAGAUGACCCUCGAGGACCUCAAGGAGCUGUUGUUGGAGAACGAGGUGAAGAACUUCGACCCCGUGGCCGAGGCCUUCAAGGUCUACGACCCGGACGGCACGGGCUUCGUCGACAGCAACGUGCUCCGGUCCAUCUUCGAGAACCUCGGCUUCGGCGAGAUCACGGACGACGACCUGACCAUCCUCACGGAGACGGGCGACGUCGACGGCGACGGCAAGAUCUCCCUCAUGGACUUCCGGAAGAUGCUCGACUUCAACAAGCAGAACCCCGAGCCCGAGCCCGAGCCCGAGCCGGAGACGCGUACUAUACACCGCGAUUGCCCGAACGGCCUCGCCGAAGCGGGUGUCGAAGUGGCAACACCACUCGACAUGGCCGACAACGACGAGGCCAAGGGCGGCGAGGACGCCGUGGCGGCGGACGCGGCCCCCGAGCCCGGCGCGGCGGAGGCCGGCGCCGCCUUCGCCGACGGCAUCCUCGCCCGCGCCGAGGAGAACUCGCGGGGCGGCGCGGGCGCCGAGCGCGAGGCCGAGUCGAAGUGGCGCGCGCUCGGCGCCGGCGCGAAGCUCGGCGACGGCAGCGCGGACGACGCGGCGGCGCCGGCGGCGCCGGCGGCCGACGACGUCGGCGAGCCGCUGGACGUCCGCGUGACGUUCUUCGCCGACGGCUUCACCGUCGAGGAGGAUCCGAACGGCGCCGCGGCGGCGCCGCCGGCGGAGCCGGCGCCGCGCCGCGCGGGCAUCGCCACGCUCCGCGACGGCGCGCCCGCCGCGCGGCGGCCGCGCUUCGAGCCGCCGCCCCUGCGGGCCUUCGACGCGCCCGACUCCGCGGAGUUCCUCGCGCACCUCGACCGCGACGAGGUGCCGCCGAGCCUGCGCCGCGUCGACCUGCGGGGCCGCGCGCGGCGCGUGCGCUUCGGCGUCGCCGACGCGCGGCCCCUCAAGUGCCCCUGGGGGCCCAACGGGCCCCUCGCGCGCCGCGGCGGCCACGACCACGACCACGACCACGACCACGACGACGACGACGACGCGCCGGCGCCCCCCCCGGCGGCGCCGGCGGCCUUCGCGGGCGCGGGCCAGACCCUCGGCGGGAGCGCCGCACCGCCCGCGGCGGCCGACGACGGCGGCGACCUGCCGGCGUCGCCCGUCGUCGACGCGGCGAAGCCGUCCGCCAAGUUGCAGCUCCGCCUCGCGAACGGGAAGCGCGUCGCCGUGACGCUCAACCUCGACCACACCGUGCGCCACCUCCGCCGCGUCGUCGCGGACCACGGCGCGGGCGACGCGCCCUACGCCCUCCUCGCGGGCUUCCCGCCCAAGCCCCUCGACGACAACGACGCGACCGUCGAGGCCGCGGGCCUCAGCGGCGUCGCCGCGCCGGCGGGCGGCUUCGACCCGAACGCGCAGCAGGCGGCGUACGGCCAGCAGUACGGCGGCUACGGCGCGCAGCCGCAGUACGGCGGCGGCUACGGCGCACAGCCGCAGUACGGCGGCUACCCCCAGCAGGGGGGCUACCAGCAGCCCUACGGCGGCGGCUACCCCCCGCAGGGGGGCUACGGGGGCCAGUACGGCGGCGGCGGCGGCUACGGCGCGCCGCCCGGCCAGUACGGCGGCGGCGGCUACGGCGGCCCGCCCGGCGGCGGCUUCGGCGGCGACGGCAUGGGCAUGCGGCCCCGCCAGGCCUACGGCCAGACCUACGGCAUGAUCGACCCGUCCACGGGCCACGACUACCGGCGCCUCGAGGACGGCGGCGCGCCCGUCGACGUCGCGCGCGUCGACGCGAUCCUCAAGCGGCGGCUCCAGUGCAAGAUGUCGCGGAACUUCCAGGAGGCGGACCAGCUCCGCGACGAGCUCUCCUCCAUGGGCGUCAUGGUCCACGACCGCGAGAAGACCUGGGAGUGCAAGCAGCCCCUCGGCGGCGGCGGCGGCGGCGCCUACGGCGGGGGGAUGCCCGCGGGCUUCGCGCAGCCUCCGCCGAUGCCCGCGGGCGGCUACGGCCAGGGGCCCUACGGCGGCGCGCCCCAGUCGCUGAGCCAGAUGGCCGCCGAGGCCCAGCAGCGCCUCGCGUCCGCGUCCGCCGCGCUCGACGUGACGGGGUCCGCGGAGCUCGCGAGCUCCUGGCUCCUGGAGAACGACUGGCGCGAGCUCCAGGCCGGCGCCCAGCAGGCCGCCGCCGCCGCGGCCGGCGGCCACGGCGCCGGCGCCGACGACGACGACGACGACGACGACGACGGCGACGGCGACGGCGACGGCGACGACGGCGCCGCGCGCGCCGAGGAGCCGCCCGCGAAGCGCCAGCGCAAGGUCGUCACGCAGGCCUCCGGGUCCGCCGCCGCCGAGGGCGCGACGUCCUUCUGGUGCGCCUUCGACGAGACCUGCGUCCACAAGGGCCACCUCCAGCUCAUGAACCUGCGUCCGAAGUCGCUCGGCCACAGCCGUAUCGCUUUGUGGACCGAGACGGCCGCGAGCUCCGACCGCGGCGCCGCCGAGCGGUCCCUGGGCGACGUCUGGACCCACUGCGUGCCCGAGGCCGACCCGGGCUACUGGCUCGUGCCCCUCCAGAUGGGCGACCUCGACGACGUCUGGUGGAAGAUCCUCGAGCCCCACCUCAUCCAGAAGAAGUUCGGCUCGGCCGUCGUGCUCCAGACGCUCGCGCCCAAGUCCGGCGCGCUCCGCGGCGCGGGCGCCGCGCGCGCGGCGUCGGCCGUCGCGGCCGCGCCGGCCUUCGACGAGCUCGAGGCGCGGGCCGCCGAGGCCGCGCGGGCCCGGGCCCACGCGGGGCCGCGCUACGGCGGCGCCCGCGCGGCCGCGCCCGACGCGGCGAGCGCCGUCGUCGCGUGCGUCGUCGUCCUCUCUUCGGGCGCCGCGGAGGAGCUCGCGCGCGUGGGCGAGUUCCUCGGCGCGCUCUUCCCGACCAAGUGCCCCCUCCACUUCCGCCGCCUCAAGUCCACGGCGACGGAGGCCGGGCCCGCGGGGUCGAAGCACGCGGCCUUCGCGCACGACCCCCGCGCGGACCCCGCGGUGCUCCAGCCGGAGUGGCACGAGAAGCACGCGGACUUCCGCGUCAAGAAGACCGUCGACGCGCCGCCGGCGAAGCCGCCCGGCGGCCUCUUCGCCGCCCACGCGCAGAAGCGCGUCAAGUUCGACGUCGAGCGGCGCACGGACGACCGCGCGUCCGAGUGGAGCCCCCUCGACGCCAAGUGAGCGCGCGAUUGCAAACGAGGGCCGCCCGGGGCGCCCGCCCGGGCCGCGGCGCUAACCUCCUCCGAAGCU